CGGCGUAAGACCUCUUCCGGUCCUGACCUGACGACUUCCGUCAGUCACCAGCACUUGCUUACUUAGCUACCAGGAAAAUGGUUGGGCAAGCGGGCCGGUGGCCCGGGAAGGGCGCGGAGGAGAUGGCUGAGGCCGUGUCAUCCCCCGCCCUGUACCGGUGUAUCGAGUGCAACCAGGAGGCCAGCGAGCUAUACCGAGACUACAACCACGGCGUGCUGAAGCUCACCGUCUGCAAAUCCUGCCAGAAACUUGUAGAUAAAUAUAUCGAGUAUGAUCCUGUUAUCAUCUUGAUUAAUGCUAUUUUAUGCAAAGCCCAGGUCUACAGGCAUAUUCUUUUCAAUACUAAAAUAAACAUCCAUGGAAAACUCUGCAUGUUUUGUUUGCUUUGUGAAGCAUACCUGAGGUGGUGGCAGCUUCAAGACUCAAACCAGAACACCGCCCCAGAUGACUUGAUUAGAUAUGCCAAGGAGUGGGAUUUUUACAGAAUGUUUGCAAUUGCUUCUCUAGAACAAAGUGCCUUUUUUAUUGGCAUUUUUACUUUUCUGUGGGUAAAACGACUCAUGACAGCAAAAACAAAGCCCAAGUUCAUUUUGCUGCUGAAGGCGUUACUGUUAUCAAGCUAUGGGAAGCUCCUGCUGAUCCCAGCUGUCAUCUGGGAGCAUGACUACACACCUCUGUGCCUCAGGCUCAUCAAAGUGUUUGUCCUGACGUCAAAUUUCCAAGCAAUCAGAGUGACUCUGAACAUCAACCGCAUACUGUCCUUGUUGGCCAUCCUGAGUGGCUUAGUGCUGGAAAGCAGCACGGUCUACUUCUUCCAGAAGAUGGAGUGGGACGUUGGCAGCGACUGUGCCUUCUAUAGGGAUCAGGACUUCUGAAGGGCCAGCUGGGGGGCAUUCCCACUUGACCAUCAGCAGAAGGUGCCUUUCUGAAGACGACCUCCCCCCUUGUCAUACAGUCUUAUUCUCCACUGUUAGGCGUGACCAUCAGCAUCUGAAAGAGAAGAUGUGUCAUAGAAACGAAGUGCUUUUUCUGGUAAGGAAAGUGAAACAAAGACUUGGGAAGGCUUCCUGGAAAAGAAGGCUUUGGCGUGCAAUGAAAAUCCAGUUCCUCCCCCCAACCCUGGAAACAGCCAAAGCAUUCACACACGCAGCGUGACCAUGGACAUUGAUGUCUGCACACAGUUGUACAUUGAGUUGUACAUUGUAAACAGCCCCAGGGUAGGACUUGUGUUUCACAUGUAAUGAAAGAUCUAAAUUUUGUUCCUUUGGCAAGUUUAUAUCCUUAAAUGUGUAGUUCCUCUUUGGCUACAGAUUGAAUUUUGUGUUCUCACGACAAAAAAAAUACUUUGAAAGUUUUUCAAAAUAAAGUUUUUGUAAAUUUUCAGUUCAGUAACUAAGAUAUUCUUUCAAAUUAGCUGAUCUAAAAACAAAACCCACUGAAUUGUUAACACUGUAUGGAGUGAAUUACAUUUCAAUAAAAUAUUUAUUAAAAAAUAGAUACAAUAGCACCUUC